GGAAGCAGAGCGCAAUGUUUUCUCUUCGUUUCUAUCCUAGCACCGCGCAUGCCCAGUUCACUGCUCAGGAAGAAAGGGGAACAUGUCUCUGGCGAGCUUUUUACCGGCGCCAACCCAGCUGUCUCAGGACCAGCUGGAGGCAGAGGAGAAGCUUCGGGCCCAGAAGUCUUACUCCAACGCUGUGGUUUCGUCCCGCAGAGAGCCCGCUCCUUAUGGAAACAGAAAAGGCUGGGUGCCUCGAUCACUUGAGGACUUUGGCGAUGGAGGAUCUUUCCCAGAGAUCCAUGUGGCCCAGUUUCCAAUGGAGAUGGGUAGGAAGAAGAAGACAUCCAAUGCACUGGCAGUGCAGGUGGAUGCAGAAGGAAAGAUCAAAUAUGACGCCAUCGCCAGACAAGGACAGGGCAAGGAUAAGGUGAUCUUCAGUAAGUACACAGACCUUCUUCCAAAGGAAGUUCUGAAUGAUGAUACUCCAGAACUACAGAAGCCUGAUGAGGAGGCUGUAAAAGAGCUGACGGAGAAGACCCGCAGUGCCCUGGACAAGCAGGUGUCUCAAAAAAUUGCUGCUGCCAUGCCUGUAAGAGCUGCGGACAAACAAGCUCCUGCACAGUACAUCAGAUACACCCCGUCCCAGCAGGGAGUGGCUUUUAACUCGGGGGCCAAACAGAGGGUGAUCCGCAUGGUGGAAAUGCAGAAAGAUCCGAUGGAACCUCCACGUUUCAAGAUCAACAAGAAGAUUCCUCGAGGACCUCCAUCUCCUCCUGCCCCUGUCAUGCAUUCCCCAAGCAGAAAGAUGACAGUCAAGGAGCAGCAGGAGUGGAAGAUUCCUCCAUGCAUCUCCAACUGGAAAAACGCUAAGGGCUACACCAUUCCUCUUGACAAACGUCUGGCUGCUGAUGGCCGGGGGCUGCAAACAGUUCAUAUCAAUGAAAACUUUGCUAAGCUGGCCGAGGCGCUCUACAUCGCUGAUAGAAAGGCCAGAGAGGCAGUGGAGAUGAGAGCCCAGGUAGAGAAGAAGAUGGCCCAGAAGGAGAAGGAGAAAAAGGAGGAGAAACUGAGGGAACUGGCCCAAAUGGCCAGAGACCGCAGGGCAGGGAUCAAAAGUCACGGGGACAAAGCAGGUGGCGAGGACAGCGAGGUCAGGGAGCGUGACGAGAUCCGCCAUGACAGAAGGAAAGAGAGACAGCACGACAGGAACAUUUCCAGGGCUGCUCCUGAUAAGAGGUCGAAGCUGCAGAGAGACCAGGACAGGGACAUCAGCGAGCUCAUCGCUCUGGGCGUGCCCAACCCUCGAUCUGCCAGUGAAGCCCAGUACGACCAGCGGCUCUUCAACCAGAGCAAGGGUAUGGACAGUGGUUUUGCCGGUGGGGAGGAUGAGUCGUACAACGUGUACGACCAGCCGUUCCGCGGCAGCAGAGAUAUGGCUUCAAACAUCUACCGGCCCAGCAAGAAUAUAGACAAGGACACCUACACAGAUGACUUCGACACACUCAUGAACAACAACAGGUUUGUUCCAGACAAAGAGUUCUCGGGUGCCGACCACGGGCAGAGGCGGGAGGGGCCAGUGCAGUUUGAGGAGGAUCCCUUCGGUCUGGACAAGUUCUUGGAGGAGGCCAAGCAGCACGGCGGCUCCAAGAGGCCGUCCAACAGCAGCCGCUCAAAGGACGACUACCACGACAAGAAACGCAGGAAGGAGUGAGAGCGGCCGGGCUCAGCGUCCAUGUUGGAGUCCGUGCUGGGGAGGUAGUCCGACGGUUCAGAGGUGUUUUAAUAUACUCGAGUCUAUCAGGAAUGAUUGGUCACAUUUUUAUUUUCUUUCAGUGAGAGAGAAGGUGAAAGAUUUGUUUUUUUCUCCUCCCCCCCCCCCACAUUUGUUGUUUACUCGGGUCUAUUCAGAAUAUGCUACGCAUUCGGUGUCAUGCUUAAUAUGACAGCAGUACAUGUAUAGCUCGAGUGGAGCUAAACUGUUGUAUGUGUGAGAUCAGCCUCUGUCUGUACAGUGCAGCAAAGUCAUUUCAGAUGUGGACGGUGAUAUUUUGGCCCUGGAAACGUGUAGAUCUUAGUUUUUAGUUUUUGUUUUUUAAAUACAUGCAUACAGAGUACACCCAACAGAAACUCAGCGGGACCUGUUCAUAUUUACCUUUUUCCUAUUUGUCUCCCACAUUCCCCCCCCCCUCUUUUUUUUUUUUGUUUGAGUUUUUGUCAACUGUUUUAUUUAAACCCCCGUUGUACUUGUGAGCACAGUUAAAGCUCGUUUUUGAUGGCGGAUAUACAGCAGUAUAAACUUAUCUGUAAGAUGUGACGCAGACCAGCUUUAUAAUUCUUGUACAUUACUACCAAUGGAAUAAAUUUCAUAUAGUGUGUUAUAUGUAUCCUUCUA